AUGUUUAACUACGAACGUCCAAAACACUUCAUCCAGGCCCAAAACCCAUGUGGCUCCAGAUUGCAGCCUCCAGGACCGGAAAACUCCAGUUUCUCUAGCCAGACCAAACAAUCUUCCAUUAUCAUCCAGCCCAGCCAAUGCACAGAGAAAAGAUUUUCUGCUUCCUCAACAGUGAGCUCUCACAUCACGAUGUCUUCCUCAGCUUUCCCUGCUUCUCCCCAGCAGCUCACUGGCUCCAACCCAGGCCAAAGGGUUACAGCCACCUAUAACCAGUCCCCAGCCAGUUUCCUCAGCUCCAUAUUACCAUCACAGCCUGAUUACAGUAGCAGUAAAAUACCUUCCACCAUGGCCUCCAACUAUCAGCAACCCUCAGUUGGCCAACCUGUAAAUGCUAAACCAUCUCAACCUGCGAAUGCGAAACCCACACCAAGGACUCCUGAUCAUGAAAUCCAAGGAUCCAAAGAAGCUUUGAUUCAAGAUUUGGAAAGAAAACUGAAAUGCAAAGACAGCCUUCUUCACAAUGGAAAUCAACGGCUAACAUAUGAGGAGAAAAUGGCUCGCAGAUUGCUAGGACCACAGGACGCAGCUGCUGUAUUUCAAACUCAAAAUGACAACGAAGCACAAGAUUCACCACAGCACAACUCAGAACAUGCACGACUGCAAGUUCCAACAUCACAAGUAAGAAGUAGAUCAUCCUCGAGGGGAGAUGUGAAUGAUCAGGAUGCAAUCCAAGAGAAAUUUUACCCACCACGUUUCAUUCAAGUGCCAGAAAACAUGUCAAUUGAAGAAGGAAGAUUCUGCAGAAUGGACUUUAAAGUAAGUGGACUGCCAGCUCCUGAUGUGUCAUGGUAUCUAAAUGGAAGACUAGUUCAAUCAGAUGAUUUACACAAAAUGAUAGUAUCUGAGAAGGGUUUUCAUUCACUCAUCUUUGAAGUGGUCAGAACUUCAGAUGCAGGGGAUUAUGUAUGUGUUGCCAAGAAUAGAGCAGGAGAAGCCACCUUUACUGUGCAGCUGGAUGUCCUUGCAAAAGAACAUAGAAGAGCACCAAUGUUUAUCUACAAACCACAGAGCAAAAAAGUUUUUGAGGGAGAUUCAGUGAAACUAGAAUGCCAGAUCUCGGCUAUACCUCCACCAAAGCUUUUCUGGAAAAGAAAUAAUGAAAUGGUACAAUUCAACACAGACCGAAUAAGCUUGUAUCAUGAUAACUCUGGAAGAAUUACUUUGCUGAUAAAAGAUGUAAACAAGAAAGAUGCUGGGUGGUAUACUGUGUCUGCAGUUAAUGAAGCUGGAGUGACCACAUGCAAUACAAGAUUAGAUGUUACAGCCCGUCCAAACCAAAGUCUUCCAGCUCCAAAGCAGUUACGUGUUCGACCAACUUUCAGCAAAUAUUUAGCACUCAAUGGGAAAGGUUUGGAUGUGAAACAAGCUUUUAACCCAGAAGGAGAGUUUCAGCGUCUAGCAGCUCAAUCUGGACUCUAUGAAAGUGAAGAACUUUAA